AUGAUUACGUCGCAACAAACCGGUGAACUCCCAGAGCAGACACAGGGUCGCUUCGUUCGCCACUGCCUUACGUCGGGGGAGGUGAUCGAUUUCCCCAUUGCCGACAUGAUGAGCAUUCCACUUGACCGCCUUUGCCAAUUGGCUUGGCCGCUUCUUCAGUUCGGCCUUGAUGCCUCUUUGGGCGCUAGGCCGCUCAAGGUGCCGUGCGUAUCGCAGUCCGACAAUGAUGAUAUGCAGCUUGCCCGCGUCAUAUAUGAUACUGUGGCUGAAAUAGUUAGAACAGUCCGCCCAGAGUUUUGCUGGGACCAGGUGACAUGUCACUGGUUGCGUGCGUCCCUCUUUCAAAAGGCGCUGCAAUCUAUACGUGAAAGAGCUGCCGUGGUUCCACAAGAGCAAUGCCUCGAAAAUCCGACGCUACCAUCCAGUCAGUUAGAGGUGCAAAGUUCGUCCGUAUGUAAUGAGCGUCGGGCGCCUGGCAGUGGGGAAGCAAUGAACCAGAAGACACAACGUCGAUUGUCGGAAUCGGCCUUAAUCUGUGUAGAUGUUCCUCGUGGCGAAGCCAUGGUAAGCCCUGAAAGACGAGGAUUUGCCCCGUUAAAUUGGGUGGUUCCAUACCUUAAGGGGAGACAAGACGAGCGUUGGCUGCAGGGGAGGAUUAGGGAGAUGGUUGAGGUGGUGGCGUCCCCGCAGAACGAUGGCCAAAAACAGCUCGUAUCAACAGCUGCAUCCCUGUCUGGGCAAGCGCUGCACCACAAAAGGAGCGCCGUGGCUUUUCUUGGCAUUCUACGCGAGGUGCUCGACCGGUGGAAUGAGUCAUCCAAAACUCCUGGGGAGAAUGAUAUAUUUGGUUUCAACGUAGUGCUGCCAAUCCUUCACAUCACGCGCUUCACAAAGCUGGAUGAGGCUGACACGGCGGAUGUGGCGCAUAUAUUGGAAAGAGUUCGGGGACCACCCCGUCCCUGUGGUUCCAAUCGCGGCUCGUUGUCAACCGCGACUUUCGUGACCAAGUAUGUACUCUCUCUUGAGGUGGGACCUCGUAACGAGUCGACUUCGGUGUCUCCCUCAAAUACACAACUGGGUGAGGGACGCUUACCGGUGGGACUAGAUGAGCCCUCGGCAAUAAGGACUAGUGCAGCUGAAACUGAACUGCCGAAGGUACAAGCCGGAUCGUUAGAACUUAACCCACCUGCUAGUGAGCUAGCGAAGACAACGGAAGUGUUUCUGGUGGCUCCCCUGGCGCGGAAGGUCACUGUACAUGUCCGGAAAGCGUUAAAUUGUGAUGAUGUGCAGAUUGCACUAAUUCCGCAUGCAUCCCUUGGGGGUGGGAGCACCGGCGAUGAUGCCGGUGAGACGCGUCGAUCAACCAACGUAGUUUGGUUUGAGCCGGUUGAGGAGGCGACCCAUGAACUUAUUGGUGGUUGCAGUUGUGUCUUGAGGUACCGCAGGGGUUACGAAGGCGCUCGAGUUCCUAUGUUGGAGGCGGAGGUGCGGCUGGAGAUGUGUGUGGAAGUGAAUGGUCGGUGGGCAGAGGAGUUUCGAGCCGCCUUAAGUUCUGCCCAGUUAGAAAUCGCCACCCAUCUCCUGCAGCAAAUAAAGUGUCCACCCGUCGCAACAAACCUGAGGGAGGAAUCGAUCAUGCUGUUCUCAAAUGGUCUGCAACCUCGGGUGGAGACAAGGGAAUUGCCACCGCUGCUGAAGGAAAUAGCAAAAAUGGAUGACGGUGCUCUGCGAAGGCGAAUUUCUUGCCGUCAGAGUGAUGUGCGGGGCGUUCGUGCCGCGCUAUGUAUGAUUGGAAGCAUCAUUGCUGAGCGGGAGCCGGAUCAAGUAACAUGGGGGUCAUGGGUUUGGCAGGAUGUUGUGAAGCGCGUUAGCCUUGCGAGCAGUGUGAUUGGGGGGAAUCCCGAUGCCACCGACGUGGCUGCGUUUGCUUCCGAGCAUGCAUCAUCCUGCAAGCUGUCAACAACGCAGAUUGUGGAAGGAACCGUUGCUCUUCUUUCAUCCACCGCUACUGUUGCUCAGCUGCGUGAUUAUCUGUCAACACAAUCUGAGCGAGCGAGAACGUGCAUAAGUGCCUUGCUUCUUUUGCUGCGCGCGGAGGAAAGCUUCGUUCCGCAGGAUAUGUUCCGCGUAGUGAGCCUCCUUCGCGACCUCAUGAUGUACGAAAGUGACCACUACCUGAUGCGGUUCAGUGGUUGUGGAGAGGUUUUGACUGAACAGAUUCGUGUUUUGGUACACCGAUUGUUCACUGCCGUAUUUGCCGCGCUUCAGCACGUAAUGUCAAUGCCUGAGGGAGAACAGCGGAGACUUGGGCCCCAUCGGUUCCUGUGGGAUACGGAUAAAUUUGGUCCGUUCGCGCUCAUUAGUCUUUCGCUACUUGCAACGCCGUUGGAUGAGAGGGAUUUGGACUUUAUCUGGGACAAAAUUAUUAGUCAGGUAGAGGGACUCCUCCCCAGUUUCACCGAUUUUGCGCGCACUGCGUCGUUUAAGGUGGACGAAGUGGAGGAGAACAGUGUGAUUGAGUCCGUGCGGGCCCUUAUAGGGGAUUGCGAUGUCCAUAGACAUGGCGGACAAACAGGGGAUAGGGUGCAAUGUGACGGUGGGAAUGACGGUGGUACCUUCGUUGGGCUCACCAUGGUCGGCGCCAGCGAGCGUGGUUUGGGCGUCUGGGUUCCUUCUGGCCGGGAACCUGCUUGCAGCACUUCCACCCCGUUGUAUUUUCCCAGCAUUCAGCUUUUCUCCUUGUCGUCAACUACCGUUUCAAUAUCGUCUACUCUUCCUUCCUCGGUGCUUUCAUCACCACGGCCGCCGCCGCUCGUUUCGUCGUCAAAUGCUGCCUCUUCAAUGCUCUACGCCGCAGAUAUUAACCUGACGGCGAUGCCGUCAAAGGAGUUGAUUGUUGCCCUCGCAUCAGGACAGCACCCAGGUGUGACGAGUAACAUUGUUGAAGGCGAUCCACUGGGGUUUUAUUUUGAACCACACAGCGGAAAACUUCGUCACGCAAACCGUGUGUUUUCUCUGCCGCCCCUUUCCCGUGGUGACAGGGUUACGUUUUGCUUCCCUUUUUCGCCCAAAACUUCCACGCGCGCGGUUUGUUUGCUUGUGAACGGCGUCUGCUUUGCCUCUUUCCCAGCGCCCCCACGUGCGCUGUACCUUCUUGUGGGCGUUACGGAUUCACUAUCUUUGGAAGGGAAAGCCGUUCGGAUUUCGUUUAGGUCAGAUGAGCUGAGUGUUCUUGGUUCGAUUGAUGCCACUGUCGCAGCCAGCUUGGUAGGAAAAGGGGAUGCAUCAAUUUGUAGUGAUUGCCUACCCACCCGCCACUUUAUUUCUAUGUUCGCGACUCUCGUUUUCGCCUAUUUGAUUUCUCUCUGUACUCGGCGAUUUGCUCAGGCUCACCGGUCGGUAAGUGGAGUUAGUAGCCCUCCCACCUCCUCUUCGUUGCAAGUGAAGAAUCGGACCGCUUCUGGCAGAAGGCACAUCCACUCCGAGGAGGCAUGGAGGGGGUUCAUUGACGGUUGCUGUUGCAGGCUGCGUCAAAAUGUGGAAAGCCUUAUUGAUUCUAUCAAGCAUCUCUCACUCCUUGAUGAUGUUAAUGAUGCUACUGAACGAGUGAAACGGAGCGCUGCCUCUUUUGUGUACCACCGCUUUCUCAUGGACUACAUCACCAUUAUGCGUACCGCAAUUUACUGUUCUUCCCACCCAGCGGACAUACUCAGUACGUUAACAAAGGUGGUCUGCUGUGAGGAGGCUGGUGAGCGCGCACGAUGCGCAGCACUGACAACAAUACACGUCGUGCUGCAGGAACCGGGCCGCAACUUCGACAUCACCACGUACAAUCCAAUACCCUUGUGGGAUUGCUGCUGCCAACUCUCUCGACAGGUUACUGCCCCUGUAUACAAACCAUUUUUCACAACAACGAGCGCGGCAACUGACCUCCGCGUUGUUUCAGGCGGUCGACAUGUUAAAUCACUGACAGCGGAGGAGUGCAGUUCCCGGGGUGUGCAGAACACCACCUCCUUCGCAUCACAAGGUAUACCUUUGGACGGUUCGUUGGGCGAUGUUGUGUCGUUUUCCGUACGUGUUAGACGAGGUUUUGAGUUUGAUUCUCUUGGUCGCCUUUACUACGUUGGCGUUGCUUGCCAUGAUUCGCUCCCCACAAGCACAGAACUUGAGCAACAUCCUGGAACGCGGCAAGACAUGAACCAUGUUUACGCGAUAACGGAUUACUUUGCGGAUGUCGAGGCACCAUCUGCCCGUGUUGAAUUAUUUCGACACUCUAAGCACUGGAUGCUGAAGAAAGAUGGCAUUAUCUUUGGCUCAGGUGAUAUAAUUACCGUUACAGUUGACACAAAGGCACGGUGCAUAUCUUUUGGGCGCAAUGAGUUACCAUUGGGAACUCUCUAUACAAACAUUCCAUCUGCUGUGAAGGUUGUCUUUCCGUUUGUGGAGAUGUAUAAUAAAGACGCCACUUCUUCGUGGAUGUACAUGCCCUGUGAAACGGGCAUCCGUGCCCGACUUGUUAUGCGGGCGAUGCUCAGUUGCUGGGAUUCUGUUCUAGUGCCGCUUCUUUCCCAAAUGUUGAGACAGGACGAAAUUGUGGCUCUUCAAGUUUUGGGUGCUGACGGGGAUGAAAUGUCGUUUACCUAUACUGGACCGCCGCGUGGAGAGAUUAAAGGGUCGUUCGAUGUCCGCUUGGUGAGACAGAAGGGCUCUCUUGCCGAAAUUGUUUUAGGAGAAGGUGGUAGUGGAAGCAUCACGGUUCCUGCUGUAGCAAUAGAACCAAAUUAUGAAUCGGUGGUAAGUGGUGAUCUUCCCCUGGGGUUACUUGCGAAUGAGAUUAUGGGUGUCUUAUCAAGGUCUAUUAGUUUUACCACAGAUGAGCACAACAAUGAGAUCGUUUACAUCCACUCGACGAAAACGUUUAUUUGCGCACUUCGACUUCUGUCAGAGUUAGACAUGGGGGAGGUAACACUGUGGGACAAAGAGACGCAGCGGCUGUUGUUAAGCCAAUUCAUUCGCAUACUGGCCAUGCCGGAUACUGUUCAUCCUAACGGGUCGCAGAUUUUGUUGGAGGCGUGGAACGAGUUGAUGUUGUUACCGGACAACGACAAGCUCUGUAUGACUAUUUCCAACAAGAAAGAUAUUGAUGAUAAUGUAUAUAGCGAGUGUGGCGAGGGUGGAUCGGAUGAUGGCAAUGCCCGUGCAGACGAGCAUGCCGGUGAGGCGGAAAAAAUCGUAUACCUCCGCUGUCCGGUCUGUGAUGAGGAAUGGGGCCACUGUGCGGGCGAGGGCCACGCCGCCCCGUACAGUCUUUGUGUAACCCUUCACCAUGUAAUGCAGCGACUCGGUCUUCCCUCUCCCUUUGUUGGCUUCGCCUGUGAGUGGCUCCUGGUUGAGGAGGGCGUCUGUGUAACUUUGCGUGUCACCGCGGGAAAUGAGGUUGAAGGCGAAGGAGCUGAUACCCAUGGACCCUUUUCUUUUAGCGGGAAGUACGUUUCAAGUCACCAUUUGCGUGGGCGUUGCGUGUACAAGUGUAUGGAAAGACCAAACAAUGUUAACAGGGCGGAGGAAGAGUGGACGUGCGCAGUGUGCACGUUCAUUAACCUUUCAGACUCUACACGCUGCGCAAUGUGCACCACAGCACGCCCAGGAGCCACGUGGACAUGCAUGUUGUGCAGCUACGCCUUUAAUUCAAAUCACAACAAAGUAUGUACGACGUGUGGCAACAUGCGCUUGUGUUUGGGUUCUACUGAUGCAUCAACAGUUAGCGACAACAAGCAAGCGUUUUGCACUCAGUGCGGGAAAAUGCGUGAGUACAUUUCUUUCAUUCAGUUUGAGUCACGGUACUUAUGCGAACAGUGCCAGAAGGAGACUUUGUGGUUACCCGAGGAGAAGCAUGUUGGUGUGGCAGAGGCGAAACUCGUUGGCGCUGGAGAUAGGAUGAGCUGGUUUGUUUCUUUUGGAAGUGAAAAACAGUCGUACACCGACAUGAAGAGCACUGCGUACUCAUUUCGUAAGAUGCUGGAUGCUGUGUUGGCCGUGUCACCGCAGGCCGGUGAUCUUACCCGCUACGUCCCCCCCCUCAUGCACUCCUCUGACGACGACGGUCAAUUUGAAAGCGGUUGCCUGUCGUUGAAGGUAAACCCAAUACAAGAGCAAAAACAGGAUGGGCGGGGUUAUCGUGCAGUCAUUCCCGCGAUUAUUUACUUCUGCAGUCGUAUCGUCUGCAGUUGGGGACCGAAUCUUGCACCAAAGGGGUUGGCGAAGUUUAGUGUUCUGUGCCGCCUCCGCGUGAUUGAGGAUACCUGGCUUACACAGCUGAGAAAAGUUACCACCGAUGCCGCUCAAAGUAUAUUUACUUCCUGUUUGCAAAUUCUGCUUUCCGGCAAAAGGAGUGAGCAGAUGGUGUGGUCGCUGUCCUCCAUAGCCCGCGUGCUGAUGAAUUGCAACACACCAUUCCAGAAGCAACGCCACUACCUGUUGUAUGCCUUGUCGCUCAACGCCGUUCGAGGGGGUGGUGACCGUACGUUCCGUGAAGUAUGCUACGCCGCCCUUAACCUGUUGUUAGAGGAGGCAUCUGGGCAGAAACUUAAUGUGCAGUGCCUGCGGGAGGUAAUCACCAUGGUUCCUGUGGUUGCCAAUCAACAGCAGCUUAUGGUGCACGCCUCCUUACGAGGCGUUAACGCAUCCAUUAGUGCAGAUGUAACACUUACAAGUUGGCUAAUCGAGGUCGGAGAGCGGAUGGAAAGGAGUCAACGUCUUCCUGCUCUAUUCGAUGAGCCGUCACCUGACACAUUCCCGUACGUUGUGGAGCUUCCUGACACGAGGAUGGGGAGUGGUGGCGAGCUAAUAGUAGGACAAGUACGAGGAAGUGUGGGGGUGCUUGGUAACAAGGGUGGGCGUUACUAUUAUGAAGUGGUACUACCACCAAACUUUGACGAGCGCGGCAAAACAAUCGUUAUGGGGUGGGGUACAAUACAACAUGAAGUGGUCAGCAGUGGACAGCAUGUUGGAAGCGACAUCCAUUCGUGGGGGUUUAAUUGCCAAGACCGGCUGCGCAUAAUGACUGGUGAACAGGCUUUAGUAACACCACGACCAAUUGUUGGCGGUGAUAUUAUUGGUACACUUUUGGAUCUUGAUACUAUGAUGAUGUGCUGGAGUGUCAACGGGGAAGAACUCACAUGGAUCGCUGUGUCGACUCAAGGGAAAGGAGAGGCCAUUUACCCCUAUGUCAGUGCAGCCAUGGAUCCACACGGUGUUUUGGUGCGACUCAGCUACACGCAGUUUAAGCCAGAAGGCUACAAAGACUUCAGCCCAGGAUGUGGCGAAGAGGGAGGAAGGCUAGAAAGUUCCGUAAAACCUCAAUGCUUUGACUUUUACGUGCAGCUCUGUGAUUUGGUGAACGAUGUUGUGAACUGUGGGUUUACGGUGGAUUCUUUGGCAGAGACCGACACAUGGAUGGAGGGUGGGCGUGAGGCGCUACGUAAUUAUCCUCUUUUGUCUUCCGAAGUUGGCGGCGGGUCACUGUACAAGUUGAAGCCUUACUUGCAACACCUACGUUCCAUCAACUCACUAGCUGUAAGUGUGGCGAAAAGUCACAACAUAUUUCGUAACUCACAGUUUCUAAUGAGAAACUAUGAAAAAGUACGUCGCCUCCUAUUUUUUGCUGCGCGGUGGGCUAUCGUAGAGCGACAGAUCGACCGUCGGUUGCUCCGCAACAACGUCAAGCGGCAUCGGCAUGUUUUGAUUGAUCUUAAGGAGGCUAAAGGCGUGCUAGAGCAUGGUGAGACUCUUGACUUCAUUACUCUGUUCGAUAAGAGCGUCACCGGCCAAUUAUUUCAUCAGACGCAUGAUGCCGAUAUUUACCGUGACGCUGUCAUGUUUACUACCCGCCUUUCUGGCGAGGUGGCGGACGAUGCGGGUGGUGUAACGCGUUCUGUAGUUUCGAUGAUGUGCGAUGAAUUGCAGUACCGUGAGGACGAAGGUGGGCGUCGUAUGGAACCACUGCUUCCAUUCUUCAAACUAUCAAGCCACAGCACUAUGGUGACUCUGGUGCCAAACAUCGAUUUCUACAGGAGUAAUCCCAACCACCGACAGCUGUUCCUGCAAUUUUUUACAUGGUUUGGGAAGCUAAUUGGAAACAUCACAUUGAGUGGCUACGUGAUGCUUUCAAUAACGCUGCCGCGUCUCGUGUGGAUGUUCCUUACCUUUGACGAGGUUACUGUAAAAGACUACUACGCCGACAUUGAUGACAGCGUGCGCGGAGCUCUUGAAGACGAUGAUUUUCUUCUCAAUGACGAGUUUUAUUAUUCUAUACCUGUGAUUGAAUGGGGGCUGGUUUGUGCUGCCUCUGAUACUGUGGGGGCGCUGCGCUCCAAACGAUCUUUAGCACCUGCAUUCCCGAAAGGGUGUUUCUCGGAAGGUGCCGUUGUUACUUCGCAGGGUUUGUGCAAGAGCAUCGAAGUUGAAAGGCGCCGCACGGAGGUAGGGCGAGCGUUGGUCCACCAGUACGACGAGUUGUUAUCUGCCAUGCGACUGGGUGUUACCUCUGUUGUUCCUUCUCACUCUCUCCAACUAAUUCGCUGGGACGACCUGCAGCAGCGGGUCUGUGGUUCACCAUGCGCAACAGCCGAGGAUGUGAUGUCGUCGCUAGAUGUUUCUUUGUUAACUAAAGCUGUUUGUGAUAUGCUCGUUGAAGUGGUGCGUGGCAUGAGCAACAGGCAGCGUGCAAUGUUUUUGCUGUUCUGCAGUGGGCAGCGCCGUGUUCCAUUGCCUGAAAAAGUGCAGGUAUCGUGUGGGGAUGACCCCGCUGCCGUUCCAACGGCCCACACGUGUUCACCCAUCUCGCUGCUGUUGCAGCCAUACAGUUCCGCGGCCACUAUGCGGGAGAAGUUGGAGGUGUCACUCCACCAUAUGUAUGAGUUUGGGUUCGUUUAG